GCCGCGACCAGCUCGCGCGCUAGCCAGCGCUAGCUAAUUCAGGCUUAUUCGCGGCUCGUCGGGGAGCUACAGCAGGGAGCUACAGCAGCAGCAGCAGUAGCGGCCUCAGCAACGGCGCAACCGCAACCGCACCAGCUAGCUAGCGCGCGCUCGCCCUACCUUGCGGCGCAAGCGCACGUGCACGGUACCGAAACAAACUCCUACAGCCCAGCCAGCCGCCUAAUGGAGCCGCCGCAGCAGCAGCCGCAGCAGCAGCAGCUGGCUCGCGCGCCCUCGCGGUCGCCGCCGUCAUCGGCGCAGGAUGGCAACGCAGCAGCGGACAGCGUCAGUCGCGCGGGCAGCAGCAGCAGCAGCUGCGGCGCCUGCUGCGGCCUGCAGACCGCCCUCAGCUCACCCGUGCUCAAGGCCGUGCGUACGGUGCCUGCGGACAAGGCGGCGGCGCUGGAGAACCUCAUCCGCGGCAGCUGGGCGCCCAACGCCAUCUACUGCCUGUGCCGCCUGGGUGUGCCCGACGCGCUGGGCGCCGCCCCCGCCGCCGCCCUGUCGCCCGCCGAGCUGGCGUCCCGCCUGCACUGCUCCGCGCCCUGCCUGCGGCGCCUGCUGCGCCUGUGUGCGGCGUACGGCUUACUGGUGGAGUGCGCCAGCCGGGGAGAGGGAGGGGGAGGAUGGGGAGGGGGAGAGGGUGGGGGAGGGAGUGGGGAGGGUGGUAAGGGUGGUGAGGGUGGUGAGGGUGGAAAGCAGACCAGGGGUGAUGUGGGUGGUGUGGGAGGCGGCGGCCUGACCGAUGGGAGCCAGGCGGAGGCGGGCGACGUCAGGGCAGGAGCAGGGAAGGGGGAGAGAGAGGAGGGAGAGGGGAGAGGGGUGGAGGAGGAGGGGGAGCAGGUGGAGCGCACAGCCAGCGGCGGCAGUGGCACUAGCAGCAGCUGCACGGGCGCGAGCAGCAGUGGCGGCAGUAGCAGCAGCGCCGGCACUGCUGCUGCUACUGCCGCCACCAGAAGCAGCAGCGGCAGCAGCGCGGACUGCGGCAGUAGCACGGCUACUGCUGCUGCUACUGCUGCUGCUACUGCUAUUGCUGCAGGCGCCUCCCCUGCCGCUGCUACUGCCGGUGCCGCCGCCACCUGUCUUGAGGCGCGCACCUUCUUCUAUCUCACUGACAUUGGCACAAUGCUCCAGUCCUCCCACCCCAGCUGCAUGCACUGGCUGGCGCUCAUGCUGGGCCUGCCCGGCCACUACGUCAGCCGGGGACACCUGUACGACAACGUCAAACAGGGCCGCAUGGGCUUCGAGACCGCUUUCGGCUGCGACUGGUACACCUACGUGUCGCACCACUCGUUCGAGCGCCGCGCCUUCGACGCCGCCAUGACCGCUACCAGCACCGCCGCGGCACAGGCGGUGGCGGCGGGGUACGACUUCAGCAGGCACGGCACGGUGAUGGACGUGGGCGGCGGCCAGGGACUGCUGAUGGCCGCCAUACUGCACACACACUCGGGUGUGCGGGCGGGGUACGUGAUGGAGGUGCCGGGGGUGGUGGCGGCGGCGCGGCGGCUUGGGCAGCGGGGCAUGGAGCGCCUGCGCUAUGUGGAGGGCGACUUCUUCCAGCCCUUCCCGCGCCCCGCCGACGGCUCCCCACUGGAGUGUGUGGUCAUGCGGCUGGUGCUGCACGACUGGCCUGACGCGGAGGCUGCGCAGAUCCUCCGACACGCGCGCAAGGCCCUGCUGGCGCCCCCCACACACCACGCGGCGGCGGCGGCAUCGGAGGAGGAGGCGGCGGCGGCGGACGAGGUGGAGGCGGAGGAGGAGGAGGAACCAGCAUCUGGGGCUGCCCCCACCACUGCUGCUACUGCCGCUGCCCCCACUGCUGCUGCCGCUGCUACAGCCGCCGAGGCGCUGCUGCUGCUGCGGCGGCUGCUGGUGGUGGAGGCGGUGCUCCCGGAGUUGGUCACGCCGCCGGCAGUAGCAGCCGACCCAGCGGCGCCCGCGGCGGCGGUGGCGGCCGCGGACGGCGGCUGUAGCAUUAUUGGUGACGGCGGUGAUGGAGGGGCUGCUGCUACUGCCGACCUGGUGCAACGCCUGGAGUUCGACAUGGGCAUGAUGCUGAUGACUCAGGGCCGCGAGCGCAGCCUGAGCGAGUGGCGGCAGCUGCUGCGAGCCGGAGGGUUCGAGCUGCAGCAGGUGGUCAUGACCGGAGGGGACGGCAGUAGCAAUGGCAGUGGCCGUAGCAGUAGCAGUGGUGGGAGCAGUGGCAGUAGCACCGCUGGGAGCAGUGGUGGGAGCGGUGGUGGCAGUGGUGGGAGUGGCAGUGGCAGUAGCAGUGGCGGAGAGUGCGGCAGUAGCAGCGCCGCACGCAUGCCGCGGCUGCCGGUGCUGGUGGCGCGGCCGCUGCUGGGCCGGGAGCUGGGGGAGGAGGGGGAAUGAAAGGAGGUGGAGGGAAGGUAUGGGGGGGUUUGUAUGUAUGUACAUGUAUGUUCGAGCCUAACUGAAUGGGUCCCCAUUGUCAAGGGUGGGUAGGGAAAGGGGAAGGGGAGGUGGGAGAGGAGGAGUGGGUGAGAAGGAGGUGGGCGGGGAGGCGGGGAUGGCCGGAUGAAGGGGGAGAGGCAAAUGGAAGGAAGGCAGGAGCAGGGGAAUGAAGGGGGUACCUUUGGCCCAGAGAGAAACCGCCCUUGAACGUCAAUGGGGGGGGGGGGCUGUGCGCGUUCAGGGGUACACGGUGAACGUUCGGGACAGGCGUUGCAAAUGGGUGGGAGAGGACAGUACGUGCGGGAUGUGUGCGGCAGGCACGGUGAUUGAUGGGGCCGCCUGAAAAGACAGAUGAGCCAGUGCGGACCGGAGGAGGGAGCGAUUGGAAUUGCUGUUCGCGCGACUGAAGAGGGAGGGAUAGGCGAAACAGGGAAAAUCGGUAACGGUAUGAAGGGUCGGAGAACUUGGUCGGGCGGGAAAGUAGUGGGAGGAGUGAGAAAUGUCUGCGUUCGUGGGGAGGCGGGAAAGUCGCAAGUUCAGAAAAGACAGAAU